UGCGUUGUUCUUAAGCGGUUUCCAUUGCCGUUGGCGCGCUUAGUCAGUUAACAAACAGCAAAGUGGAUAGUUGUCGUGCCACGAGGAGCAAAAACAAGUGCAAAGUCUAUAUCAAUUAAUCUAUACAGGAGAGAUAAUACACAGACACACACGCACAUCGAAGUAUUUAAGGCGAUACAUACAAAACACAGUGAAUCAUGGCCUACAAAUGGGUGCAGUCAUCGGCCUACGCCUCGGUGCCGCCAAAUGCAGUUGUGGGCGGCAAUGACGAAGACGGCGCCAUGAUCUAUGUGGGCAGGGCGGAGCACGAGGGCGACAUGCUCGUGUGUAAGGUUGUGCCCUCCAAGCAGAUCGGUUUCAUCUCGCAGCGGGGCGAGGCGCUGCCCAAGGACAUCUUCGAGAUGCUGUGCGGCGACAAUCUGGCCUGGAUCAAGUGCUACGAUCACGUGAUACCCGAGAAUGCGGUUCUGUGUGGACGCACUUCGCUGGAGCAGCCGGUGUACAUUGGACGCGGACACUACGAGGGACAUCUGAUCAUUGGCAAGAUCUCGUCGGUGCAUCGAGCUCUCUUCAUUGCGUAUCGUGGCGCUGAGAGACGUUUGGAUUCGUAUGAGAUUCUGGUGGAGGAGCAGCGUCAAGUGCCGGGCUGGCAAUUGCCACCACCGCCACCGCUAUCCCCGCAGCUGGAGAAAUGUCCCCUGACACCGCCGCCACCGCCACCGCCAGCAGCAGUCGCAGCAGCAGCUCCACCACCAAUUGGAUUGAAGCCUUAUCCCUAUCCCCCAGCUUACGAUGCACCUCCACUUUCUCUUCACGAUCGUCCACCUCAGUACACGCCCACUCCCAUGGCCCAGGCGAUGGGCAUGCCCAUGCCCACUCCACUGGCCAGCACGGAUCCUUAUCCACCGCCUACGCCUUCCAUACUGCCCUCCUAUCAACAACCAGUGGGCGUGGCACUUCCGCUGCCUCCCAAGCCAGCGCUGCCGCCUUCCUACGCUCCAGCGGAGACAGCUGGCCCCGCCUACAGCUCCUCCUCGUCGUCCUCUUCGUCGUGCUCCUCCUUGGGCGCUGCUGGUUAUAUGCCCGCAGAUACCUACAAGCCACCAAUGGGUGCCUAUGCACCCGCCGAUACCUAUAAGCCACCACUCGAUCCCUAUGGACCCAGUUGCUCCAGUUACACGCCAGCCCAAGUGGCGCCAGCUGCCAACUAUGGCGCUGCCUCAACGCAUGGCCAACUCUACGAUGUCUGGCUGGCCGCUAGUCCCGGCUACACGCCUCCGGAUGCGGUGCAUGGUGGCCACGACAGCGACAUGACUCCGCUGUUGGUUUGCCGCGGUUACUUCGAUGGUCGUCACAUUCCGGGCAAGGCGGCGCCAAGUCGUGGCUGUGCUUACAUUACGGAUGCGGGUCGCGAACUCAUCGAGUCGAACUAUGAGGUGCUCGUGGGUCAGGGGAAAUACCAUUGGGUGCAUCGGGCAGAGGGGAGCAUUGCUCCUGGAGCCGUGGAGGCGGGACGUGCCUUCAACGGGGAGCCUCUGUUUGUGGGCAGAGCUCGCUAUUGUGGCAGCCUGACGCCGGGCAAGGUUCAACAAUCGCAUCGUUGCAUUCACAUUCCGUAUGGCGGACAGGAGGUGGGCAUCAGCAGCUAUGAGAUUUUGGUGCGCAGCGAGAUCUUCCAUCGUCAGCAGGCCGUCAACCUUUCGUACUAGAAGCCAGGGGAAGGUCAUCUUUGGUUAACUGAGCAGCUCUAUAACUACCUCUUAUACACGUUGUACCUAUGCCUAAGACGCACAUACUGAUUUAUAUGUUAUUAUUCAUUUAUGUAUUCACUUUUAUUCACUAACUAACAAAAUAUACUCGUAUUUAUUCAAACGUUCACGCAAUGGGGAAGUUCGUCGCAUGAUUCACGGGCUACGUCACGAACGUAAACCCAAGCUAAUGUCUUCCACUUUUUACAACCCAUAAUUCUAGUCUAGCUUCCUAUCUGUGUGUGUGUUUAUUAAACCAGAACCGUGCGUUCUAUUCAGUUCAGGUUCAGCCUUGGGGGCGUCAGGUUUACUGACCCCCUUUCACAGUUCUCAGUAUACAACUUAGUUGUAGUUAUAGAUAAAUUGCAGCAUUGUCAGCAUCUUGCUGGGGAAAAACAUACAGAUUCUUAGACGUCAUAUCGUAGCUUUCUUUAUAACCAACACUUUUAAAACACACUUGGAAACCAAUUUUGAAAUUGUAAUAUUAUUAGCAACGUUGUUUACAUUUUAUUUCAAAUUAUGAUGAAUGAAUAUAUGACUGGGAAUAUAGAAAUGAAUGAGUAUAACUCACCUUCUAUAAGAUAAUAGCUUAAAAGGUUUCACAGAAGUUAAGAAUCGACUCUAUAGUGGAAUCAUCGAAGCAAACUUUGUUAGGACUCCAAAUCUACAAAUUGUGUACUCUCUUUAUAAUUGUUAAUCUUAACUACUGCUCUUAUUAUCUUUGC